UCAACUCUCUAUUGUAACCCACGAAUAGAAUAGAUUUAUCCUUGGCCACAGUUCGUUUUUAUUACAUUGAAUCUCGUUCCGCGCCCGCAGCACUCCCCACCCGAGGACGUGGCUAUGAUUAUAAAGGACACAAGCAAUCGCGAGAUGUUUCUGCAAAAGUUGAUGAACUGCGGCAUCGUGAUAUUCGACAUCACACUGGAUCGCAACCAGGUCGAGGAGGCUCGAUGGGCGUUGAAAUCUAUCGUUCAAGAGUUGGAAAAGAGGGAACAAAUAUCGCCGAAGGCCUUUAGACGUAACAACGAAGUGCGUUAUUUCAUUUUGAUAUCGACCUUGAUGACUUGGGCCAACACGAAACCCCUAAGCCCGGAUGAACCGGAUUUACCAUUCACGGAAGAGGACUACCGAAAGCGGAAACCUCAUCCGAACUUCAAGGAUCAUAUUCAAUGCGAGAAGGAAGUGGUGGUAACAAAGAAGAAGACGAAAUUAAAGGAUAAACUGAAAACGUUGGUACUCUGUUGCGGAAUAACUUAUGGCGAUGAGCAAGGCCCCCUGCAUCAUUUGUUCAAAAUGGCGUGGCAUAAUGCUCCAUUUCUACCGAUUUUUGGAAAAGGAACUAAUAAAAUUCCCUUGCUGCACGUUCGCGAUCUAUCCAGCGUAAUACUAGAUGUGCUUCAAAGUUGGCCUGCGCUGCGAUAUAUUGUGGCUACAGAGCAGGAACCAAUUUCACAAGCUGCCAUCGUCAAGAAAAUCAGUAGGGCAUUAACUACUGGCAAGGUGAAAAAAAUCGCAGAGGAAGAAGCUUUUCUAUUACCGGAAAUCACGCAAGAAUACUACGACCUGAUGACGAUGAAUUUAAUCAUGGACCCGGUGUACAUUACGGAUAGAAUAUCGUGGCACAGUGACACUCCAUUCGCUGACAGCAUUAAUGAGAUUGUGAAGGCGUACAAAACAGCUCGGAAUCUUCAGCCUGUGAAGAUAAUUGUACUGGGACCUCCGGCAUCCGGGAAAACCAAGGUCGCCCGUUAUCUUGCCGAUCAUUAUCAGAUACCUUACGUUCACGUCAAAUCACUGAUACAGGACACAAUCGAAGAACUAUCAAAGGAAAUCGAGGAGGUCACUGCAGCUGAGAAAAAAGGAGAAGGUGAGGUGGACGCGGAGGACGAGGAGGAUGUCGAAGACGAGGAAGAAGAGGAAGAAACCACACGUCUGGAGGAAAUGCAGGAACUGUUGGAUGAAAUCGAACGAAACAUGCAAAGGACUAACGGUCGUCUCGAGGACGUCCUUGUGAAUAAAUUGUUUUUCAGAAAGUUGCGUUCGAAAGAGGUUUCGAAUCAAGGCUACAUUAUGGACGGUUAUCCAAAGACAUUAGAACAAGCCAGAGAACUGUUCGGCGGGGAAAAUUUGGCCGGCGUAGACGAGGAAGUGGAUGAAGAGACUGAAAUUGAUACGGUGGACACUAUUAUGCCCGAGCUGGUCGUAUCGUUGGAGGCGCGUGACGAGUUUUUGAAAGAAAGGAUUAUUCAUCGGCCCGAGAGGGAGAUUCAGGGCACUCAUUACACGGAAGAGCACAUGGUGCGUCGUUUGAAGGAGUACAGAAAGAGGAAUACGGACGACAAUACGCCGUUGCAGUUUUUCGACGAGAUAGAAAUCCAUCCGCUCAUCAUCGAUGUGGAAGAUGACGUAUGUCCUGACAUGUUCCCUACAAUUUAUCAAUGUCUCCAGAGAAUUGGUCUACCGCGAAACUAUGGCUUGACUGCGGAGGAAGCAAUGGACGCCCGAAAGCUCGCCGAGAAGGAAGCGAGCGAAGCGGAAACAGCCGCCAAGCUGCAAGCGGAAAGGGAAUUCCUGGAACGUAAGCGGCUACGCGAGGAGAAGAUGGAGGAAUGGACGCAGCUCAUGGAGAAAUUGAUAGAAGAAGAGGAAGAGAAACUGUGCAUAGCUGGUCUACCUUUGCGCCACUACUUAGUGAAGUACGUGUUCCCAACGUUGACAAAAGGACUGAUCGAAGUUGCGAACCUCCGACCGGACGACCCAGUCGACUUUCUCGCUGAAUACCUGUUCAAAGAGAAUCCUGAGGGCAAGAUGUUCGAGCCGGACUACACGGCGACAAUGAGCUCGGUCUUGGACGUAAUCGAGAAGUUCGGUGCCAACAUUCUUCCAGAAGAGGAAUUCAGCGACAAGGUAAUGCAGCUUUUAAAACGAGAUAGCAAGCUAUCGGAUGAGACGACGGACAGCAGUGAAAUCGACGUGUGCACAAGCCGGAAGGUAACGACGUGUGUCACCCCAUGUUUCACCUACGAUGACACCGACUCGUAUGAAAAAGAAGACGAGUCGACCUCCGAGCAGACGGAGGACUAACUAAUUGUAAGUGAGAACGAAUCGCAAGGCUCUAUCGGCGGAACAUAGCUGAUUAACCAACGGAUAAAUAAUUACUCUACACAUAAGACGGAAACGACAGUGCAAAAAUUUUAUUCCUUGUUUUAGAUUUAUUUUUACAUAGAAAAUUACCAAACAGCCGGCUGUACUACGAUUUUUGUGUAUUUGUGCCAACCCUGAAUUCCUGUGAUCCGAAUAUAAUAGUGCUCUUGUUGUUAUUCCUCGCAGAAAGGAAAGGUAGAAAGUGCGGUGAUUGUGCAAUAGUGAUUACGCACAGAUUUCAUGUACUAUUUUCUGUUCAUAAUCUGCAUGAUACCUUGAUUUUGUGUCGGAAUGAAGCAUUUGUAUAAAAUGAUGAAAGGAAAACAAUGAGUCACAUUUCGUAACGUUGACAAUCGUACUUCCUUAUCAUAGAAAUGAAGUAUUUGUGUUAAUAAAGUAGUUACAGAAAGCGAAAUUUAAUGGUUUUAACGCUGUAGAAAUGUGGAAUUUUCUUUCGAAACAGUUUCAACAAGAGACAGCUGCCUCUUUUAUAAAAUCGUUUAAGCGAUGGAACGCGUCGCCGUAAGCGAACAAGUAUCCCAGGCGGCUUAUACAGAUAAUUGCCGUGCCUACGCCCUGUUCUAGUUUUGUUUAAUUGAAAAUGAGAAAAAUUGACCGGGAAAGGUUUAUCCCCUACUGUAUAAUUAUAAUUGUUUCCUUUUUCUCUUCUGUUACACAUACGAGCAACGAGAGAAAAGUAGAAAUUUUACGGGCCAUUUAAUCCCUGCAGGAUUAUUUCAAAGAUGAAGUGUACGUUUCUUAACACCGUAAGCUUUAGUAAGAAUAAAGUAGCGUAAAUUAUUUAAAUACAUACACGGGAUCAUCGUGGUAACAGAAACAGUUUACGUAGUACCUUUAUUUCGUUAUGGCCGUAACUGCAUAUUUUCUGAGAUAAUUCUCACCGUAUACUCAUCCCUUUCAUGGACGCUUCUGUGAGUAAAAUAAUAAAAGCAUACAAUAUAUUUGAAACCCAAAGACACAUAAUUUGUUCUGCUUGAUUUAAUCAGAAUCGAUCGUGAAAUUUAUAAAAAUUCUAGAAUGUUCGAAUCGCAAUGUAACAACAUAUAAUUUCUUCUCUGAAUAAUUUUGCAUUCGUGUGACAAAAAUUUAUUCUUCCCAAUUAUACAUAUACAAUAUGUAAUUAUUUUGUAUAUAAAUAUCAUUGAAAUAUGUGAAUAAAUCGGAAGUAGAGAAACAAUUGAAAGGAUCGCGCGAUUAUGAUCCGAAUCGUUUAAACUGGAUCCACUUUUUUAGAAUGACCAUCGCGUGCGUCAGGGGCGAGUGUGGUCCAUGAAACGUAAAAUAAACGUCGCGAGUCCUUGACCGUUCUACGCACACGCAGCAAAAGCUUGUUGGAAAAUGGACCAAUUUGUUUAAAGAGAUCAUACGAUCCGCUAAGGUCCUAUAUUGAUAACAUUCAUUUUGUUCAGAGAACGUGAAGUCAAUAUUGUGGCGCGCGAGGUAGUUUUUUCGUACUAGAAAUAUUAGGUUACUGUAGCCGUAUAUGAAGACUGAAAAAACGUUAUCGCAUGGAUGAAAAGUCUGAAAACUGAAAGCAACACGUAAAGUCUAUCACUGUUUCAGAUUUGACAAUUUUAUUCCCGAUCGGAUUAUUGGCUUUUAAACGCUGCCGUAAAAUCGUACAUAUUGAUUUAGGGAACAGUAUGAUGUAGAUAGCGAGAAAUGGAAAAUAUUCCCGAUCCCUGCUGAACGCUUAAAUAAAUAUACGACACUUGAAUCGUGUGUGUUCCCGAGUCAAACAAGUUUUUGUAAACAUCGAAUAUAUUAUGUUGAAUAAAUCUCGUUAUAUUAAAACAAAUGGUAGGAAAUGGCGUACCGAUUUACUUUAAGAGCUGAGUUUCAACGAAUCAUAAAUUUAAAUGGAUCAGAAAGCUGUUAGCGGUACAAGUUGAUUUAUCAUUGUCAUAAUUACAUAUGUAUAAAUAUUCCCAUUUGAGAACGCGACCGCGCGUUAAAAAUUUCUCGUUUCCAGAAUGAAUAGAUACUACUUACUUUUCCCAUCGAGAUACAAGCGGCCUUGCGAGGCCAAGGACGAUGCUAUCACAUUGUUCCUCGUCUUUAACAUGACGUAGGUUUUGCUCCUUUCGCCGAGAGCUACUCGUACUGUGUACUAUCGCGAUUUACCGUUUGUUUCUCUUGAAAACAAACGGGAAAUUGCUUUACAUUGGGCAAGUAACAAUGAAGCUACGCUUUCACGCAUGUUUACGUGCCUUUACAAACUCGCAGGAAUGCGUGUUUUUAAACCUAUCGCUUAGACUUCACUGAGCAUUCGAGAUGAAUCGAUAAACACGCUCAGCUGUAAAAAUGAUAGACAAAUUUUGCGAACAAAAAUGAUGUAAUCUCCGUAGGGAAUCACUAUCGAUCUUUUCUAGUGAACUAAAUAUAAAUAGAAUUGACAAAUGCUAGUUUGAAAAUAAAUGCAACGCCUACGCUUUCUCGCGUAUCGCCGUUUCGAAGUAUGCCACGAUGACAUAUUGCAAAAAAAGAACACACCGUCGAAAUCGGAGGAAUAACUUUAUUUUUCUUCGAAUAAAAUAUAAUUGGAAUGUUGGUAUUACUGAAUUCUAUGAAUUCGGGUAUAUAUAACAAGCUUUGACGAAUAUUCCUCGAUCCUUUUACAUUUUUUACAUUAAAUCUUUAUCCAAAGUACUCGUUUUAUAAACCGAAUGAUAAGGCAUAAAGGAAUUGAAUGUUAUACAAAAAUGUGAUCAGGAAUAGACUGCGGUUUUUUAAUAGAUUUACAGAAAAAUUUACAGAAGCUUGAAAAUUCUAUAGUAUUUCCUCUUCAACAAGCAAACGUUUCAAUAACAAACAAAAUAAGUUUGCUUAAAUCAAUCUACUAAUCGAUAAAAUCGAUCUCCAAUCGCGUUUAAAAAUAAAACCAACCUCCCCAAUGCAAUUGCGCGUCCCCGAAUAGGACUGACAACGUUUAGCUCUAGCCGAACGCAAAAUCGCAAUCCGAUAAUCGACCUUAAGUCGAUUAAUUUACCGCCGAGAGUGCUUGAAAAGGAUCGGAUGGGAAAUUGUGAAUAAUUUCAUUGUCACCCCGGCGCACGACGUGACCCGACGCGACGCGACGUCUUGUACGAUGAGUGAAGUAUACAUAUACAUAGUUGUAGCGCAGCCAGUAUAUCUGUAUCUUCAAACACCUGUUAGCAGUUGCUCAUGUGGGCGACUCGCAACAUUACCUAUAAAUUCUCACUAGAAUUAAGCACGAAAAGCCCGCUUCCUCUUUAUGUUCCCGUGAACAUUCUAAUCGCGAUGUCCCGUCACGACAUAAUAUCUUUACUCGUGAUUUUUCAUACUCGACACAGACAUUAGUCGUAUAAUUCUUACAUCUUACAAUCAUAGUCGCCUAUGAAACAUAAACACAUUUAAAUAAGAAAA